CAACCAUCUUCUUUUUACUUUCUAUUAAAAAUUAUAUCUAUUCAUAAUGCCAUCUGAUGUUCAACCUGUUAAUCUUACUGGAGGUCAAUGUGAUCACUGUGGACAGUAUGGUCAUAAUCGAAAAGCUUGUGGAUUACUAAAAACAAAACAUCGUAUGAAUUCAUCAGAUUUAGAAAAGUUUUUUUUAACACAAUGAAUUCUCUAACCAGUAACUUCAAUUUUUUCUUUUUAAUGAUACCCUCUUUCUCUCCUCCUCCAGAAGAAAAAUUGACACUCAGUGAGGAGGGAUCGCCAUACUGCAACAACGCCCAUUGGGCAAAAAAAAAAAAA